CGCGCCCCUCCGGCGAGCGAGAGGUGUCGCGUUGCGUGCUUCUGGACUCCCCCGGGGCAACUCACUCUGUCACUCUUAGCCCUUCUUUGUGUCUGGCUAAACACUUACCAUUUUGGAGUUUAAAGUAUGUCAUCAUGGCAAAAUUUCGAAGAAGGACUUGCAUCAUUUUGUCACUUUUUAUUCUGUUUAUUUUCUCCCUGAUGAUGGGUUUAAAAAUGCUGAGACCAAAUAAAGCUACUUUUGGAGAUCCUUUUGGACUUGAACUUCUUCCAGAACUUCAUCAACAAACUCACUUAGGGAAAAACCUUGAUUCCCAAAACAAUGACAAAAUCAACAGUGAAACAAAUAUCAAGAAUUUAAAAAGUGUUGAAAUCACUCUGAAACCUUCCAAAGCCUCUGAACCUUACCUGGAAGAGCUGCGACCUCUGAAUUAUUAUUUGCAUGUCUUUUAUUACAGUUGGUAUGGAAAUCCGCAAUUUGAUGGUAAAUAUAUACAUUGGAACCAUCCAAUCCUGAAGCAUUGGGACCCUAGAAUAACCAAGAAUUAUCCACAAGGGAAACAUAAUCCCCCGGAUGACAUUGGCUCCAGCUUUUACCCUGAGUUGGGAAUUUACAGCUCUCGGGAUCCUUCUGUCAUUGAAACUCACAUGAAACAAAUGUACUCAGCUUCAAUUGGUGUACUAGCCCUAUCUUGGUACCCACCUGGUACAAAUGAUGAAAAUGGAGAAAAUACUGAUGAUUUGGUACCAACUAUUUUGGAUAAAGCUCAUAAAUAUAAUCUGAAGGUCACUUUUCACAUCGAGCCAUAUAGCAAUCGGGAUGAUCAAAACAUGUACAAAAAUGUCAAAUAUAUUAUAGACAAGUAUGGAAAUCAUCCAGCCUUUUAUAGGUACAAGACUAAGACUGGCAAUGCCCUUCCUAUGUUUUAUAUCUAUGAUUCCUAUAUCACAAAGCCUGAAAAAUGGGCCAAUCUGUUAACCACCACAGGGUCUCAAAGCAUUCGCAACUCUCCUUAUGAUGGACUGUUCAUUGCACUUCUAGUAGAAAGCAAACAUAGGUAUGAUAUUCUACAAGGUGGUUUUGAUGGAAUUUACACAUAUUUUGCCACAAAUGGCUUUACUUAUGGCUCAUCCUAUGAGAACUGGGCAGGGCUAAAAUUUUUUUGUGAUCAGUUCAACCUACUGUUUAUCCCAAGUGUGGGCCCCGGAUACAUAGACACCAGCAUCCGUCCGUGGAACGCUCAAAAUACUCGGAACCGAAUCAGCGGGAAGUACUAUGAAACUGCCCUGGGUGCCGCACUCCAUGCCCACCCCAGUGUAAUUUCCAUCACCUCUUUUAAUGAGUGGCACGAAGGAACUCAGAUUGAAAAAGCUGUUCCCAAAAGAACCAGUAAUACGGUAUACCUAGAUUACCGGCCUCAUAAACCAAGUCUUUAUCUAGAACUAACUCGCAAGUGGUCUGAAAAAUACAGUAAGGAAAGAGCUGCUUAUGCAUUCGAUCAUGAGCUGCCUCUUUCUUAAUGCAUUUAUAAUUCUAGAAAUCAAUAAAUAUUUUUUGUUUUAGGAAUAACUGUCAAUCAGUAUACACUGAUACACUUAAUAAAAAGAAUUUGUUCUUUUUUAAAAAUGGUAAUGUCAUCAUUGCCACCCUUCACAAUGCUGCACUGAAAAAAUGAGAGAAAAGUGCACAGUGUUCUGAAUUUGCAGUUAAAAUUCUACUUUGAUACUUUCAUUUCACAGUAAAUGCUUGUGUUACAUAAUUAGUGCACAGUUACAUCAAACUUGUAUUCUGGGCCCAAAGAAAUAGUGUGCAUAUUUGGUAUGUCUACUGAGGAAAAUAAGGCUUAAACGAUAGUGUACAUGUUUCAUGUAGAAUUUUUUCAGUGAUUCAGUCAUCCAGAGUUUGAACACUAAAGUCUCCAAUAAAAAUACUUAAGGGAAUGUAAUCAUAACAUCAGUCUUACUGUGAAUCCUAUUGUGUGAGGAAGGCCUGCAUCAUCCAUUGAGGAAUUUUGAUAAACCAUAGCACGCUUGGUGUUUUGUCCGUCUAAUGUGUCUGCUUCACAUCGAUGAAUUACAGAUUUUAGAAGCUGUGGAAAGUUGUUUCAUAAAAGUUAACAAUUGCUUAUCAGUUAUUAAGAAAACAUAGUUCACAAUUGUUAUUCAUGUUUUUAAAAUUCAAUGUUAAUCAGAGACCAACUGUUAGUAUCAAUUUUUUUUCUUUCUUACCUGUCAUUGGAUUUCCUUCUUGUUUUUAGCUAUUUUUACCAAAAUAGAGAAAAUUUACUUAGCAUUUUAAGGCCAUGGAAGUGAAAAUAUUUUUAUAUCUUAAAUCCAUUCCUACAUUUUACUUUUACUAAUUUAAUGAUUGAAAUAAUCUCAUUUAAAAUACUUUAUUGUAUGUAAUAACAUCCCCAUGUGUAAAAACAUCAUACAUUCAUGGUACCUAUCACGUUUAAUGCUUGUGAUCAGUUGUUUGUCAUAUUGUGACAAAUUAAUCUACCUGUAUGCUAAUAAUGAAUCUUUAUUUUUUUUUAAUGUUUAUUUAUUAUUGAGAGAGCACGAGCAGGGGAGGGGCAGAGAGAGGAGGAGACUACAGAAUCUGAAGCAGGCUCCAGGCUCUGAGCUAUUAGCACAGAGCCUGACACAGGGCUCAAACUCACAAACCAUGAGAUCAUGACCUGAGCUGAAGUCGAACACUUAACCGACUGAGCCACCCAGGUGCCCCAACAAUGAAUCUCUUUAAUAAUAGAGUAUAUGUCAUUCUCCAGUUAACAAAUAGUUAAUAUUUGUAAUUAGAAAUAUAGUAAAAAAAUAUAUGCUCACAUGAAUAUUAUUUAUUAAAGAGAAGCAAUUGGGCAGUACUAAUCAAAAAUACAUAUAAAUCUUCAGGGUUUAGAGAUACUCAUACAGAAAUUAACAACAGUAGAAUUAACAGAAUUAACAGUAAAUUAACAACAAUUUAUCAUAAAAUAGUCCAUCAGGUGAUGAAAUUUAUUUUCAAUCAGUGAUUUUGAAGUAAAAUUUCUUUGAAAAGAGGCAAGAUUAGUGUUAAACUUACUUAUAACUUAAUUUGCCAUUUCUCAGAAUGAUCAGACAAUGGGAAAUUAGUACAAUAAUAGUAAUCCACUUUCUCAGAAAAUGACAAGAAUAAAUCACUAUAAUGAUGUAAGCAAGCAUCUUCAUAGGACCACUCAUACAGAUAGAACCUGUGGAUUUUUUUUUUUUCUUCUAUCCAGUUAGCCACUGUAUGCUAUCCUAGGGAUGAAUUCUAAAUACACCAUGCCUAAUAAUCACACUGUAUUAAAUUUUGAAGAAUACUACAGAGGAGUUUUUGACAUUGCUUGUACUAUAUAUCUUAACCUACUGUGACAGAAAAGUUUUGUGAAAUGGUUCUGAUUAAGGGAAAGUGGAUAAAAACAAGGUCAGCAAAUCCUCAACACAAAUACCAUCACUUCCUAUUUUGCUCUCAUUGCAGACCUAGAUAAUCAACAGCAUGCUUUACCUCUGAACUUGACCCCAUCCAGCCAGUAACAAUCAGACUUCAAAGUAAGAUAAAACAGAUUCUGUCUUCAGUGCAGAAAGUUGUUCUCAAGGGAAGAAUGUUUGGAAUCUGAUAUAAUGGUUUAAGAAUUUAUAUGAACAUCGUGUGUCUUUUCACCUGUUAAAAAAAAUUAGGAGGAAUCAUAUCCAAUAAUUAUUCUCAAAAAUGCUCUCAAAACCCUUCCUCAGGUAUUCAUUACAGCUGCCUGCAUCAUUUGACUUACAACACAGUUUAUAUCAUUAUAAUCACAAGUAAAUGAGAGCAAAGAACUGAUUGCCUAAACUAUAUAGGUGUAAAUUCAAUAAACAGUGUAAUAUAUGCAAUGCAUGAAUCAUAAUUCUUUUAUGGUUUAAUCAGUCUGUUUUGACUGCAUAGAAAAUCUUUGUUUUAUUGUCCCCUUAAGGACUAAUAUUGUCAAAAACUGCUGUUAUUAGUGUUUAAGUUGUACGUUUUUUUGUUUUGAAAUUAAAAAAUGACUAUUUUGUUAUGUUAAUUAACUUUCAUUUAAUAAAAGCGUACAUGAAAUAUAUAUAAAAAUGUUUCUGCUUAAUGAAAUAUUUAAUUUCUGAUGAUUAACAGAUGAAAGUAGUAUUCAUUCAGCACUCUUUAUUUUCUGUUUGAAAUACGCAACACUCACAAAGUCUAUCUUUAACUGCAUAUACAUUUUAAAUGUAAAUUUGCUAAACUUUUUUUUUUAUUUGGGAGAUGUUUUCUUAUUUUUUUUUUUAUUCUUUAGGCAUAAUCAUGUUCUAACUCUUAUGAAAUUGGUCUUACCGUAACAAGCUACCAGAAAGUCUACCAAGUUUAUAACCAUGCACUUUUCAAACUAAUCAGUUACUCAGUUUAAACACGAUGACAUGUGUGAACUCUAUAGUCCCUACAGAAACAGCUCUUAAAACUGUGUACCUAAAUUUUGGAUUAAGGUCAAACACCCUCAUGUCCCAUAGUGUAGAAGCAAUACUUUAUUAAAUUAAAGUAUAAAGCAAUACCUUUAAAGUAUAAAGCAUAUAGUAUAAAGCAUAAAGUAUAAAGCAAUACUUUUAAAGUAUAAAGCAAUACUAUUAAAGUAUAAAGCAAUACUUUAUUACUAUUAAAUACUUUAUUACUUUAUUAAUAAACAAUAUUUAUUUAGAAAAAGUCCAGUUACUUUCAUAAAUAUCUACAAUUUCAAAAUGAAAAAUGGACCUAGCCACAGCCACAGGCAGAAACGUUUUUUGGCUCACAUGUUCUCUGUUUAAAAAUAAACUCCAAAUUGAAUUUUAUACUUUGUUACAUGUCCACGUAAAGUCUAAAUGUUGUUGUAUGCUUACUGUAAAAUUAUCAUUGAUAAUUCAGGUACUACAUUGGCUUAAUUACAAAGACUCACUUAUCCUUAGUCUAAAGAACUUAGUAGUAGUGCUGUUACAUUUCAGUUAUCCGUGGAGAGAGGAACAUUUUUCAAUGCAAUUAGUUUUUGUUGGUUUUACAUAAUUUAGGAUAUCAAAAGAAUUUAAAAACUAGUAAGCAAAUGAUCAUACAUCUAAAAUUUACUGAAAUUAAAAGAGUAGCACUUUUUAUUCUUAGUGUUCUAGAUCCCAUUUAAAAGCAUCUUAUAUAUUAAAUUGUAAAAAAAUUUAACCAUGAAUUUAACCAUAAAGAGACUUU